AUGGUCAUCCGUGACGUGCCACAACUUGAGGCCGAGAUAUGGAAUGUUAUCUCAAUCGGGCCUAAACUACGGCCCGUCAUUGAUAGGUACAAAAUAGCCAAGGACAUUAGAUCGGGUCUGCUCUACCUACAUCACGAGUGCGACCCACAUAUCCUGCAUAGAGACAUCAAACCAGGCAAUGUACUCUUGGAUGAAAAUUUCAACGCCAAGCUCGCCGAAUUUGGCCUAUCGAGGAUGGCAAACCAAGACAAUGCAACGUUGCUGACAACUGCCAUAGGCUCGGAAGGGUACCUUGAUCCACAGUGUCUGAAACACGGUAAGGUCCCGUUCAAGCGUAGCUCAGACGUGUACAGCUUCGGCAUCGCCCUUCUCGAGAUCGCCUGCGCAAGGAGGCACAGGGAGCAAAUCUGGGACCUAUACCGAAGAGGUGGCAAUGUUGUCGAGGCGGCGGAUACAAGGUUAACCAUUGGUGGUGGCCUUGAUAUGAGAGAGAUAGAGCGUGUCAUCGUAUUGGGGCUCUGGUGCUCUGCUUUGGAGACUCAACACCGCCCUUCUAUGCGGCAAGCUAUGGAUGUCCUGGAGCGUGACGGACCGUUGCCUGCCCUUAACAGCUUGAUCGUCGUCAACACUACUUUGGCAUCAACGACAGAGGAAGACGCCUCCAGUGCGCCGGCGGCGGGCAAUCGCUAUGACUGUGAUGAGGCACCACUGCUGAUUGAAGGGUAG